AUGUCAAUCUCGACAUCAACCCUUUUUGUGAGCCUUGGCAGCUCCCUCCGGGGGCUUUCUCUCUCCGAACUCAGCUUCCCCGCCGGGGAAGGCGGCCUGAUUCUGAAUAGCAUCAUCGCCGGCGCCUCUUGCUUACAGUACUUGAGUCUGUACGCAAUUGUGGGGACUCGGAGGCUUCGGGUUCGGAAUCUCCGCAACCUGAGGAGCUUGAGGUUUCUCCAAUUCCCGGUGGAGGAUUUAGAGAUUACAGGAGUCCCCUUCCUGGAAAACUUGUGCAUGACUGGUGCGCCAUUGGGAGGUGAUUUUGUGGUGUCUUCGAUGCCAAAUCUCAGAGUACUAACGAUUCACAGGGCAUGCAAAUUGACGGAGCAGAAGUUGGAUGAACUGAUUUUGAAUUCCCCAUUUUGGAGUCACUUUCUUUGGGAGGACUGA